AACCAGAUUUGACCAAGGGUCCCCCGAGUACAAAACACUGGAUACUCGUUCAAUUACCCUUCCAAAGUCUCUGUACUUAUUUCAUGAACUCUGUGCCACAACUUAUCUUCCCUCCAAGAUUUUGUAAACUUUAAACGCCCUUUCUGCUUCCCGAGUUCAUAAAACCUGUCUUCAAACUAGAUGUAGGACGGAAACAACAAACUUGAAAUUACCUCCCUCUAUUCCCCGCUUUGCUAGAGGAUCUUAGUCCAUUCCCUAACAUGGCCAGCUAAAAAAUGAUAUUUCUGAUGCAUUUAUGUAUGUAUUUUUAAAUCUGUUCAAAUCGUAGAAAAAAGAAUCUGUUUGAUAAAUAUGGGCGCUCUGUGUUCUAUAUCGAAGAACCAUCCAAUCAGCAGUCAUCAUCAGUAUUACGAAUGCACAGCAGUGAACGAAAGUUAACAAUCACAACAGAAGAAUUUCAAGAGCAUGUUGCCAGACUGCAUGCCGACUCAAAUUACCUGUUUUCGGAAGAGUUCUACUCACUCGGCCCUUCGAAACCAGAUUGUACGUGGGAACAUUCUACCCUUCACAUUAAUAAAUCAAAAAAUAGGUAUCAAGAUGUGGUAGCUUAUGAUCACUCGAGGGUUCGUUUGAUGUCCAUAGAUGGUGUUCCUGCAUCUAAUUAUAUAAAUGCAAAUUUCGUUGAUGGUUUUGAAAAGAAACAUGCUUACAUUGCUACCCAAGCGCCUUUAAAUCAAACUAUUGAAGACUUUUGGAGAAUGGUUUGGGAACAAGAUGCUAGACUUCUUGUCAUGCUGACAAAUUUAAUGGAAAGAGGAAGGAGAAAAUGUGAUCAGUACUGGCCACACGAUGGAGAAAUAUCAUACGGUGAUAUUACAGUCAGGAAAUUAGAAGAGCGAAAGUACGCUUUUUAUGUACAUCGGGUGUUCUCAGUAACAUGCUCCUCCGCAGAAAUUUGCAAGGCACUGGGGCAGGAUCGAGAAAGGGUUAGAGUGGUUAGACAAUUCCAUUUCACUGACUGGCCAGAUUUCGGGGUGCCCCAAGAAAGAUCUGCAAUGUUGUCAUUCGUGCACUUAGUAAGAAGAUACAUGCAAGAGAACGAGGGUCCGACUGUUAUACACUGCAGUGCUGGUGUGGGCAGAACUGGAACGUUUAUUGUCAUUGAAUCUCAAAUUGAAAGAAUCAACAGAGAGCAAAGUAUCAAUGUGUACGGAUUCCUAAAAAGCAUUCGAAGUCAAAGAAACUUUCUCGUCCAACAAGAGGUCCAGUACAUAUUCAUUCACGAUGCGCUGGUAGACUAUAUCAAAUGUGGCCUAACCGCAAUUCCCGUCUCCGAACUGGAAACCAUUCACAAUGAUUUUUAUUUCGAUCCGCAUCCCGACACCGCUGUCUCUGUGAUUGAGGAGGAGUGGCAGAUUAUCAACGAAUUUAAUAUUCAUGAAUUUGAAAUGCUGACUGGACGAAGACCAUGCAAUCAGCAAAAGAACCGCGAUUCGUUUAUAAUUCCAGUUGACGCAACGCGUGUCAGGCUGACCAUGAAGAGUGUAACUGAGGGCACAGACUACGUCAAUGCAAAUUACGUCGAUAGUUAUCUUCAGAAGAAAGCGUUUAUCGUUACGCAGAUGCCUCUGCAUGACACAAUUGAAGACUUCUGGCGAAUGAUUUGGGAGAACUUUUCGCAGAUUGUUGUUAGCUUGCUAAGUGACGAGGAAUGUAACAAGGAAGAUUUCUUCAGUUAUUUACCCCGUCAAGACUGCAAUCCAGUGAACUUCGGCGCUUUCGAGAUUCGCUGUCUAAGUGAAAAGAAAUUGGAAUUUUACAGAUUGCGAGAACUCGAGGUUGUUGGAAGAGUUGAGGGGGGAGAGAGUGAACGACGCAAGGUGCACCAUUACCAAUUUUUAGGAUGGCAAGAGAAUACUCUGCCAGAAAUUGAGAAUGCGUUUGAGAUGAUUAGCCUUAUCAAAGGCAAAAAAGCAAUGGGAAGGGGCACCAGGUCAGCGAGCAGCAGUCCCGUGGUUGUCCACUGCAGUUGUGGCAUCGGUAGAAGUGGUGUCUUCUGUGCGUUGUCAAACAUCAAGGAACAGAUGGAUGACUUCGAAGAAACCAUUGACGUUUUCUCAACUGUUCGUAUGCUUAGACGGCAAAGGCCACUGCUAAUUAAUUCAAAGGAUUUUUAUGAGUAUCUUUAUCGUGCUGCCUUGAGGUAUAAAGAAAUGAUGCCUGCAUUUCCGCCUGAAGAAGAAUUCCAGGAUUUGCACAUUGAGCUCACCCAUUCGCCCGCCCCAUUUUCAGAUGAUGUCCUAAAUCUAAUCGAAAACAUGGAAGAAGACUCUGACAGUGACGUUGGUAUUUAAUUUCUGUUCGUCGUUUGAUACAAAUUAAAAUUUCGGAAAAGUUUAAAAGAGUUAGCUCUAUAAAGAGCUAUAAGUCAGGUGCUAAAAAAGGAGCGAUAAUCUUAGAUGUUUGAAGUAUUGUUUAAAAAUUUAAAGGGAAACUCACAAGAUAGAAAAGGACGACGUCACAAGCAAGUUGAAUGUAAUGAUAUUUUUUGCUGAUAGAAAAUGAUGCCCCGAUUGGUUAGUAGCGCCAUCGUGACGUUAUAUUUCAUCUGAUUUCAAGUUGCUCUGCUACUAGAUUUUCAUUACUUCAUUAAAUAGCAGGUUUUUAACUUUACAGUUACACUUCCACCUUUGUGGCGUUCUUUAAGCGCAUCUGCAAAGAUAGGAGGCCCUCUUUUCACUUGAUCAUGUAUAAAUUAAAUAGCAUUUGUAAUGUCAGAACUUACUGCGUAAUGAAUGGGGUUCAUGUAAUUUCUUAUAAAUAUAUGCUGUAUUUUAGUAGAUUUUAUAUUGUCCGUUAAUCAGCAAGUCCUAGAUAAAUAUUAUCGUUUUUUUUUAUAUCUGCUUUUUAGUUUUUGUGAAGAGUAUCCUUUGAGUGACAUCCAUAAACUAUCUACCAACCACCCUGCAGACUGUUAAACCGAUUUGCAACCUAUUAAAAAAUAAUUAGUGUCGUUUAAUAAUCCACGAAUCAUUUUCUGAACAGCUCCUAGCACCUCUUCAGAUGCGUUUUGUUACUCACGUAUUUUUAAUAAAUUUAAUAAAUGUAUCUUUAUUGUAUAUUUAGUGACUUUUUAUAUCAUUACUUUGAUAAUUACAGUGGC